GAUCUGCCCGGAAAGUCAGCCGGGUGUCCUCUGAGGUCCAGCGAGUGCUAUUAUCUGCAGGGGAGGCUUAUUUUUACCUUGUCCUGGGAGACUUUCUGGAGGCAGGGAGAAAACAUUCUCAUUUAGGAGCUGUUAGCUCGUCCUUGUGCGGAAACAGUCUCUGAAGACUAGUGAGGGUGCUGGGGAGGCAGGGUAGGGGCUAGGACAGAGGCCCCAGUGGAGGCCGAGUUAUUUGGACUGCAUUUUUCCUGGUCUGAUGACAUCUCAGUGACAUUUGAACUUGGCGUCAGGAAAAGAACACAGCCCUGCAUAUGGGGCCUGGGACCAGAAGGGCAGAGGCGGGGCCUUGGCUGGCAUGGCUGCGGGGCCACUGGGCUCUGAGAACCUGCUGAAUGCCUGGGACCGGCCGGUGUGGGGCCUGACUUGCCGGGCUCUGAGGACAUGCCAAGGCAGAAACGUGCGGGUCCUGCAACUGAUGCUGAAACCAUGGUGCAUCUCCAGGGCUGUCUACCAGAUGACGGAGGGCCGUCGAUGUCAAGUACAUCUUCUUGAUGACCGGAAGCUGGAACUCCUAGUUCAGCCCAAGCUUUUGGCCAAGGAGCUGCUUGACCUCGUGGCCUCUCACUUCAACCUGAAGGAGAAGGAAUACUUUGGAAUUGCCUUCACGGAUGAGACGGGACACUUGAACUGGCUUCAGCUAGAUCGAAGAGUCUUGGAACAUGACUUCCCCAAAAAGUCGGGACCAGUGGUUUUAUACUUUUGUGUCAGGUUCUAUAUCGAGAGCAUCUCAUACCUGAAGGACAAUGCCACCAUCGAGCUUUUCUUCCUGAAUGCCAAGUCCUGUAUCUACAAGGAGCUGAUUGAUGUUGAUAGUGAAGUCGUGUUUGAAUUGGCCUCGUAUAUUUUACAGGAGGCAAAGGGAGAUUUUUCUAGCAAUGAAGUGGUGAGGACUGACCUGAAGAAGCUGCCAGCGCUUCCCACACAGGCCCUGAAGGAGCACCCCUCCCUGGCUUACUGUGAGGACCGGGUCAUCGAGCACUACAAGAAACUCAACGGCCAGACCAGAGGCCAAGCCAUCGUGAACUACAUGAGCAUCGUAGAGUCUCUCCCAACCUAUGGAGUUCACUAUUACGCAGUGAAGGACAAGCAGGGGAUACCGUGGUGGCUGGGCCUGAGCUACAAAGGCAUCUUCCAGUAUGACUACCAUGAUAAAGUCAAGCCCAGGAAGAUAUUCCAAUGGAGACAGUUGGAAAACCUGUAUUUCAGAGAGAAGAAGUUUUCUGUGGAAGUUCAUGACCCACGCAGAGCUUCGGUGACAAGGAGGACAUUUGGACACAGCGGCAUCGCGGUGCACACGUGGUACGCGUGUCCAGCACUGAUCAAGUCCAUCUGGGCUAUGGCCAUUAGCCAACACCAGUUCUAUCUGGACAGAAAGCAGAGUAAGUCGAAGAUCCAUGCCGCCCGCAGCCUGAGCGAAAUUGCCAUUGACCUGACAGAGACGGGGACGCUGAAGACAUCCAAGCUGGCCAAUAUGGGCAGCAAAGGCAAGAUCAUCAGCGGCAGCAGCGGCAGCCUCCUGUCCUCAGGUUCUCAGGAAUCGGAUAGCUCUCAGUCGGCCAAGAAAGACAUGCUGGCGGCCUUGAAAUCCAGGCAGGAAGCUCUGGAGGAAACGCUGCGCCAGCGGCUGGAGGAGCUGAAGAAACUCUGCCUCCGAGAAGCAGAGCUGACGGGCAAACUGCCCAUAGAGUAUCCCCUGGAUCCAGGAGAGGAGCCACCCAUUGUUCGAAGAAGAAUCGGGACGGCCUUCAAGCUGGAUGAGCAGAAAAUCUUGCCCAAAGGAGAGGAAGCCGAGUUGGAGCGCCUGGAGCGGGAGUUUGCCAUUCAGUCCCAGAUUACAGAGGCCGCCCGCCGCCUGGCCAGUGACCCCAAUGUCAGCAAAAAACUGAAGAAGCAGAGGAAAACCUCUUAUCUGAACGCACUGAAGAAGCUGCAGGAGAUUGAAAGCGCCAUCAACGAGAACCGCGUCAAAUCUGGGAAGAAACCCACCCAGAGGGCCUCGCUGAUCAUCGACGACGGAAAUAUUGCCAGUGAAGACAGUUCCCUGUCAGAUGCCCUUGUUCUUGAAGAUGAAGACUCUCAGGUCACCAGCACACUGUCCCCCUUACAGUCCCCUCACAAGGGGCUCCCUCCUCGGCCACCAUCGCACAACCGGCCACCUCCUCCCCAGUCCCUGGAGGGACUCAGGCAGAUGCACUAUCACCGCAAUGACUAUGACAAGUCGCCCAUAAAGCCCAAAAUGUGGAGCGAGUCCUCGCUAGAUGAGCCUUACGAGAAGGUCAAGAAACGUUCCUCGCACAGUCACUCCAGCAGCCACAAGCGCUUCCCCAGCACGGGGAGCUGUGCCGAAGCGGGAGGCGGGAGCAACUCCCUGCAGACCAGCCCCAUCCGCAGCCUCCCACAUUGGAACUCGCAGUGCAGCAUGCCAUCCACACCCGACCUCCGCGUCCGGAGUCCCCACUAUGUGCAUUCCACGAGGUCGGUGGACCUCAGCCCCACGCGGCUGCACAGCCUGGCCCUGCACUUUCGGCACCGGAGCUCCAGCUUGGAGUCCCAGGGCAAGCUCCUGGGCUCGGAGAACGACACUGGGAGCCCCGACUUCUACACGCCACGGACUCGUAGCAGCAACGGCUCGGACCCCAUGGACGACUGUUCGUCGUGCACCAGCCACUCGAGCUCGGAGCACUACUACCCGGCGCAGAUGAACGCCAACUACUCCACGCUGGCCGAGGACUCGCCGUCCAAGGCGCGCGCGCGGCAGCGCCAGCGCCAGCGGGCGGCGGGCGCGCUGGGCGCGGCGAACUCCGGGAGCAUGCCCAACCUAGCGGCGCGCGGCGGCGGCCACGGCGUCUACCUGCACAGUCAGAGCCAGCCGAGCUCGCAGUACCGCAUCAAGGAGUACCCGUUGUACGUGGAGGGCGGCGCCACACCGGUGGUGGUGCGCAGCCUGGAGAGUGACCAGGAAGGCCACUACAGCGUCAAGGCGCAGUUCAAGACCUCCAACUCCUACACGGCCGGCGGCCUCUUCCGGGAGAGCUGGCGCGGCGUCGACGAGGGCGACGCGGGCCGCCUGACGCCCUCGCGCUCGCAGAUCCUGCGGACUCCAUCCCUGGGCCGCGAGGGCGUCCCCGACAAGGGCGCCGGCCGCGCCGCCGUCUCGGACGAGCUGCGCCAGUGGUACCAGCGCUCGAGCGCCUCGCACAAGGAGCACAGCCGCCUGUCGCACACCAGCUCCACCUCCUCGGACAGCGGCUCCCAGUACAGCACCUCCUCGCAGAGCACCUUCGUGGCGCACAGCAGGGUCACCCGGAUGCCCCAGAUGUGCAAGGCCACGUCAGCUGCCUUACCUCAAAGCCAGAGAAGCUCAACACCGUCGAGUGAAAUCGGAGCAACGCCCCCCAGCAGCCCCCACCACAUCCUAACCUGGCAGACUGGAGAAGCGACAGAAAACUCACCCAUUAUGGAUGGGUCCGAGUCUCCAGCCCACCAAAGUACUGAUGAAUAGAGGAGCUAUGGUGACAGCUGUUUCCUGGACUCUUCCCUCUAUCCAGAACUAGCUGAUGUCCAGUGGUACGGGCAGGAAAAAGCCAAGCCCGGGACCCUUGUGUGAGCCCGCCGGCCUCUACCUGACCGCCUCGCCGCCAUUCUGAGAUCACCUCACUGCCUCUCAUUUGCCUUACCCAGACGCACUGUCUCCCUGCACCAGCUUCAGCCCUCAGCACUUUUUUUCUCCCAUCUCCGCAACCCCUCACCCUCAAAAAACCCGACUGAGGAGACAUUCUGGAAGGUUCCGGUCCCACUGUGUGUCCCCUGGCUCUCUUGCCCAGAGAGCCAGGCACCAGUCCUGAAUGGCAUCUUGGUGCCCCCCCACCCCUCUGUGACAGACCCCAGGCCAGGAACCGGCGGGGAAGCUGGUUGGCAUGGAUUCCCGUGGACCAGUGGCACUGGACAGACCAGGGAAGGGACUUAGUACAGGGUGAUCCAGAAAGACUAGGGAAGCUGAGGCCCACCUGCCCCCUGUAGGCCAUCCAAGCAUGUUGUGAAGAGGCUGCCUCAGGGGAAUAUUCAGCUGAAAUAUUUCCUAGGAGGAGUGGCUGUUGGGGGAGAGGGAGAACGGAAACAGGAAGCUGAACACGUCAGAGAUGCAUCCGAGGAUCACAAUCAGUUCUAUGCUGCCAAAGAUUAAAAAAAAUAAAUAAAAACACACAAAAAAAUUAAGAGGGCCCAAGAGGAAGACAUUCCUUCUGCAAUGAAAUCUCUUAAAUCCUCAACUGCUACCACAUCCCACACGUGGAAGUCGACCAUCUGUGACGUGUCCCCCUCUGUAACCCUUCCCUGAACAUUCACCUCCCUCUCCACCGAGAGCCUGAAAACUCACCCAAUGUGAUGGGCAAGUCAGAGAGCCCCCAGCUAGCAUUGCUGACUUGGAUCUCCACGAGCCUGGACGCGAAGGAGAACAGCCCCAUGGGGAGCAACAGAGAGUCCGCUUGGCCCCGGCCUGCAUGGGGGUUCAGUCCAAGACACAGAGCUGCUUUCCUCUGGGGAUCUGUAGGAAGUGUAAGGUGAUAGUUGCCAAAAGUGGUUCUCUCUCAUUAAAACAACCAGUAAAAGUGUA